UAGAAAAUAAAACUUCCCACAACAGUCUAAUGUUUCACAUAUUUUCUUUAAAGCCCAUCAAACUGCCAAAAUCCCAUUCUGUUUUCAACAAAAAAGAAAUAUUUGUAGCACUAAACUGGACUGAUGCCACCUUAGCCUAAAUGUACUGCUUGAUAACAUUCUUUUAAAUGGUCCAGACGACUGAGGAAAUGAGGCUGUGAAAGGGAAAUUUGAUUAAGAGUUAAAAUUACCACUGAGUUCUUUAAAAUGUACUAAUGAAUAAUUAAUAGCAAAUGCAGUUCCUAGGCUUCCCUUACAACAAUAUUCUCAAGUAGAACUGAAAGUACCGUCUGUAGUACAAUCCAUCAGCUACGUGUCGCACAGGUGGAUACAGGAAGUAUAGACACACAGAAAGGCAUUAUGAAAAUACACACACUAAUAUGGGCCAUAACACAGAUCUGGGACUUGGGUAAAAAAUCAGCAUGAUAAAUUUUACAUCACGAUUUACAACUUUAACACAUUAACACCAAACCAAAUCACCUCUUAAAAAGCUCACAAGUCAAAAGCACUAAAGAACUCCUUUGUUCCUAUGAUACUGUCUCCUUCUACCCUAACUGGAUUCCAGCCUCCUCCUUUGUGACACGGGAUUUUAUUGAUCUCAAACAUGUUCACAUUCAGAAAUUAGUCUCCAAAGACAUCCCAAGGGACUGCCAGCCACCUAGAUACCGCACAUCACAGACAUCUCAGAAAAGGACAAGAGCUUUGAAAACAUAUCACUAUUUGGUCAGCAACAUUUAGUGAAGUUAACCAGGCUCUCUUGGAAACAGACUUUUCCCUUAACUGGUAAAAAAGAAAUACCAGAUCUACUCAAACUGGCAAUAAAUGUUUGAUGAGUUAAUAAAUUUAUAAAGGCGCAGAUCCACCCCAAGAUUUCUCCCCUUGUGUAACUCCUCAUUCAUUCAACAACUGAGCACCCAAGUGACCUAUUUUCAGGUUACUUUCUUCACACCUGCCAGGUCACUGUCCUGAUUGAGAAACUUCUUGCUAAAGCAAUUAAUUUUUAGUGCCUCCUAACUGUCCCGGGUGUUUGCAUUCAAUUUGAAAUCUGUUACUUGUUAGACACUGUUCGGUCCUAGAUCUUUCAGAGAAUUGGGCGUUUAUGGCGCAGAGAGGGGAGGAGACACGGAUCUCUGAGAGCCUGCCCUUUAUUCGGAAAUGAGGAGAUUUGAAAGGUGGAAGGCAGGGCAAAUAAAUAAAUAAAUCGGGUUUGCCGCCGAAGCGUUUGCGGGCCGGUACGAGCACCCUUUGUAAUGCAGGCCUCCCGGGGCUAACGCCUGCGCUAAUUGCUCCAGGGAGCUUUUCAAGUUCAAAAGUUCACCUUUUACGACCUCACAAAAGCUCCUUACACGUUACCAAUAAAAACAUUCCGCGGCAAACACUGAGGGGGAAAAUAUCAAACAGAUACAAAUAAAACACCCUGCGGGGGUAGCACAGAGCCGAGGGGAGGAGGGUGAGUCGGGCCCAGCCAGAGCCCCGAGGAACCUGAGGACUUGGCCCGGACGUGGGGGCAGGGAGAGAGCGGUGGGAAGGGCCGGGCCAGGUGAGGAAUCCUCCGGCCCUGGGCUCCGGGAUCGCGAAAGGAAGAGGAGAACUGAGGUUGGGCAGGCGCGGGCCAGGACAGACGGGUUUAAGAAGGGAAGAGGCUGGUGUCCCGGGCACCCGGUCGGGCCGGAGCUCUGAGCCAGCGGGCAGAAGGGGCUGAGCAGGGCGGGGGAACAGGCGGGCAGGAGAGCGCGGGGAAGGAGCGCAGAAAGGCGGGGUGCGGGGUCCGAAAGAGAAGAGAACCGCUGAGCCGGCAGCUACGGAACUGGGGGUCGGCACCGAGGUGGAGGCUGGGGCAGCAACGGAAGCGCGGCACCGCAGAAGAGAGGGAAAGAGGCUCCAUAAAGGUGUUCGGCGACGUGGACCAGGUGCGCAUGACCUCGGAGGGCUCAGACUGCCGCUGCAAGUGCAUCAUGCGGCCGCUGAGCAAGGACGCGUGCAGCCGGGUGCGCAGCGGGCGGGCACGAGUGGAGGACUUCUACACGGUGGAGACUGUGAGCUCCGGCACCGACUGCCGCUGCUCCUGCACCGCGCCGCCCUCCUCGCUCAACCCCUGCGAGAACGAGUGGAAGAUGGAGAAACUCAAGAAACAGGCACCCGAGCUCCUCAAGCUGCAGUCCAUGGUGGAUCUCCUGGAGGGCACCUUGUACAGCAUGGACCUGAUGAAGGUGCACGCCUACGUCCACAAAGUGGCUUCCCAGAUGAACACGCUGGAAGAGAGUAUCAAGGCCAACCUGAGCCGGGAGAACGAGGUGGUGAGGGAGAGCAUGCGCCACUUCAGGGAGCAGCUGGGGCACUACGAGAACCACUCAGCCAUCAUGAUGAGUAUCAAGAAGGAGCUCUCCAGUCUGGGCCUCCAGCUGCUGCAGAAGGACGCGGCCACGGCGCCCGCCGCUGCCCCAGCCCCCAGGCCUGGCAGUAAGGCUCAGGACACAGCUGGAGGGAAAGGCAAAGACAACAACAAAUAUGGCAGCAUGCAGAAGAGCUUUGUAGACAAGGGCCUCCCAAAACCUCCUAAGGAGAAGCUGCUGAAAGUGGAGAAGCUGAAGAAGGAGGGCAAGGGCAGACUCCCCCAGACCACAGCCAAGCCCCGGGCCCUGGCCCAGCAGCAGGCUGUGAUCCGAGGCAUCACCUACUACAAGGCGGGCAAAAAGGAGAUGACCGAGGCCAUGGCUGAUAACGCCCUCAAGGGCACUUCCUGGCUGGAGCAGCGGCCGCCCCGGGUGGAGGGCAGGCAGCCUGAGCCCAACUCAGCAGAGCGUGACGAGACUGGGCCCAGGGCCUCUGAGGGAGCGGACUUGGCCCCUGGCACCCCUGCCUCAGAUCCCACCCCCACCCCUACCCUGACUCCCAUCACCAGUCCCCUGCCCACCACGCCACCUUCACGCCCAGAAGUCCCCAGCCAAGGCAGAGAGCCGAGCUGCGAGGGCACCCUCCGGGCCGUGGACCCCCCUGUGAGACACCACAGCUAUGGGCGCCAUGAGGGAGCCUGGAUGAAGGACCCCGCUGCGAGGGAUGACAAGAUCUAUGUCACCAACUACUACUAUGGAAACAGCCUGGUGGAAUUCCGCAACCUGGAAAACUUCAAGCAAGGCCGCUGGAGUAACAUGUACAAGCUGCCCUACAACUGGAUCGGCACAGGCCAUGUGGUGUACCAGGGCGCCUUCUACUACAACCGCGCCUUCACCAAGAACAUCAUCAAGUACGACCUGCGGCAGCGCUUUGUGGCCUCCUGGGCGAUGCUGCCCGACGCGGUGUACGAGGACACCACACCCUGGAAGUGGCGCGGCCACUCGGACAUUGACUUCGCCGUGGACGAGAGCGGCCUGUGGGUCAUCUAUCCCGCUGCGGAUGACCACCACGAGGCCCAGUCCGAGGUGAUCGUGCUGAGCCGCCUGGACCCCGGCGACCUGUCGGUGCACCGUGAGACCACGUGGAAGACGUGGCUGCGGCGAAACUCCUACGGGAACUGCUUCCUGGUGUGCGGCAUCCUGUACGCCGUGGACACCUACAACCAGCGGGAGGGCCAUGUGGCCUAUGCCUUCGACACGCACACGGGCACCGACGCCCGCCCGCAGCUGCCCUUCCUCAAUGAGCACGCCUACACCACCCAGAUCGACUACAACCCCAAGGAGCGGGUGCUCUACGCCUGGGACAACGGUCACCAGCUCACCUAUACCCUCCACUUCGUGGUCUGAGCGAGACCUGGGCUCACGGGAGAGGAGUGGCCGUGGGCAUGGGGGGCUCCCCACAGUGACUCCUGCAAGGGACUCCCUCAGCAAAUAUUUAUUUACUGGGCCCAGGCCUGGAGCUAGGUGCUAGGCAGUGGGCACAGCCAGCGUCAAGCUUCCUCAGCACUCAGUGGAGUAAUAAUCACUUACAUUUGCACAGCACUGCCAAGAGCUUCAUGUGCACUAACCCACUUAAUCCUCCUGACACCCUUGGAGGUAGAGACAGUUAAGCCCAUUUAACAGGUGAGGAGACUGAGGCCUCACUUUGGAUCCGGCAAGCCCAUUUUACAGAUGAGACCUGACCAUGCUCUACCCUAACCUCUCCCCUACCUCCAACCCUCUCCCCUCUCCCCUCAUUUCUCUUGUUCUCUCAAGUCUAUCUCCCUUCCCCGGGGCUACUCAAAACCAGAGGCCUUUGGGACCAACACACUAGUGUUGGGUGGAGGCCCAGCUCUGCAUGCCACCCCAGGCCCCUGUUCUGACGGAGCUGUUGGUGGCCCUGGGGCUUUGGGCCCUUUGGCUAAUGGGCUAAUGUCCUUGUUCCAUGCCUUUGGCCAGCCCCCCAUCCCCACCCCACCCGCUGUCUGACCACAUUCCAAACCUCCACAGUCACCCAGCCACUGAGCAGAAACCACACCCCGAGAAAAAAUACCAGCCCCCGUUCCAAGACCCCCCGCCCCGUACUCAUUUUUAUUUUCUCUUAUUCUUCAUCAGUGCCGUCACUUGUUUCUGCAGCAGCAGCUGAGAAGGCUGCAGGCAGCUGCCUGUCAGCAGCGACUCUACCAGGGUGGGGAACUGGGCCAGGCCCCGAGGCUCCCUUUUCACCCAGAAGUGCUGGCUUUGGCCACAUGCCCAGGCUGUGGGACCUCUCCCCAGUCCCUCCCAGAGCCUUUGCGCCUGGGGUCCACCUCAUCCUUUCUCUCUGGGCCUUUGAACCCACAACCUAUACGCACUCAGGGAUACCUCCAGGUCGGCCACGAGCAAGACCCUAGGCCUGAGGCUGGGUGGCACCAGGAUGAAACAGGUUUCUUCUUCCUUGUCAGUCCUAACCUGGUUAUUUGGUGGGCUGGCCUGGGGGACCGGGGGAGGCUGAGAUCUGGGCAACCAGGUCCAGAGGAGGCUUCGGACCUUCUGGGUGCAGGGAGGAGUCAGAGGUGAAAGCUGGGAGGGAAGGAGAAAGGGAUCUGUGGAUCAGACUUUUCCUGGCUUCAGAGAUAAUGGUGCCAGGGCUGCCCCGAGCCCAGGACUUGGGGCUGAGGGUGCACAGGUGGGCUCCCCCGAGCCUCAGACCCAGCAGCCCCGGGGACAAGACCUUCAGGCCUGCCCCACAUCUGCUUUGAACAGUAUUUUUAGAACUGGAAGAAGUUCUCCCGUCUGACUCCCUAUAUCUACAAAGGAGAAAUAGGCCCAGAAAGGUUUAGAGAAUGGCUCAGGGCCACACUGGGAACAGGACCCAGCUGAUCUCCUUCCAGAAGGGCUUUGUCUUUAUCCUUUAUUCUCCACGCUCAGAGGCAGCUAGGCAAUAGACCACCCAGCACCCAAGUCAUCCCAACACCUUUGAGGGGUGUUUACUGCUGAUCUCUACACAACCCCAGACCCUGCUGCUUUCAUUCUGUCCCCAUGCCAGCUUCCAGGUAUCUGUUUAUAUGAACACCCAGCUGCCAUGUUGGGAAAUUCAGCUGCAUACCCAAGAGUGUAAAGAAAUGCAUUUUGUGCAGGAUACAUUUCUUUCAGGCAUUGUCAGGUGAUGUUGUUUUGUUUAAGCCGUAACUCACUCCCGAAGUAAAGGGGAAUGAUGGCGCCCAGCCAAGCAAGGCCUGACUCAUAGUGGCGGACACAUCCAGCCUCCCCCGCCCAGCUGAACUCUGAGGGCUCCACUUAGAAACUCUUCAGGGGGCUGCAAGUCCCAGCGUUUCCCUUGGCCCUGGGUGUGGGUUUUAGAAGACUCUGUCUUUCGUGAUAUCACAGCCCAGCCACGUGAGAAAUGUUCAGGCUCCUCUUUCCCCAUUAGUCUUAGAAAAGGGAAAGUUGGAAUGGACCAAUUUUGGAAAAGGACAAGCAAAAUGGUUUUCUCGGGGAGAGGAUGCUGGCUGCAGCCUCUAAACAUUCACUAAGCCCCUUCUGUUUUCAGGCCCUUGUAUGUGGGUUAUGUUGUAGGUACAAUUAUUUUCCUCAUUUUACAGAUAGUCAAACUGGAGCCCAGAGAGGUUAAGUGGAGGCAGGGUCAAGUGGAAAGCCAGGUUUCCAAAUCGGUAAUAUAACCUGAGCAUCAACAGUGGGCUAAGCAAGCCAUGUGCAUAUUCUUGCAUCUUCACAACAGUGGAAGGGAUGUACUCUGAGUGUGUCCAUUUUACAGACGAGGAAACUGAGGUAAAGGGGCUUACCCAAGCACAACAGCUUAGCCUGUAGCACAGUCAGGUUUUCAGGGCUGGUCAGCACAUGUUCUUUGCCAACUCUGUGUCACUCUAGCAGCAGCUCCAGAAAUGGUGGUCGUUGCUUUUAACCAGUGUAGCCAAGCCACGAAUUGCAUCUACAUAGGAGACCCAAGAAGGAGGUUGGGGUCAGUUUAUAAAGAGCCUUGAAUGCCAAACCAGAGAAAAGAAAAUUCCAAGACAACUGGAUUUUGUUCUAUCAGUGACAGGAGGCAGGGAAGAGUUUUUGUUGUGGGAUUUAUUACAGUCGGUAACAGGUACUUCAAACAAAGAAGGAGAGGGCUAGCUUUUCCUACCGACCUCAGCUGUGACAGCAAAGGAAGUUGUCUCUGGUGUUUCUGAACAACAUGCUACGUGAAGGGGCUUUGGCUGCCACCUUUGAGUCCUCCCAAGAGAUUUCUAGACCUUAAUAUUUAAUUUGCUCUGUCUGGGAGGCAGCCCUAAAGGUGAGGCUGGGCGUUUUUCCUGGGAAUGACUUGAGGGCUACUGAAAGCCCGUAUGUUCUAAAGCACCUUUUCCUCCAUGACAGCGCUGGAAACCACUCUGGUGACAGGAGGACACAGCACUGGAUGGUUGUCAGGGAGCCCUGGAUAGGAGUUAGGGAGUACUAGGUUAGAAUCCAGCUAUGCUUCUGACAUGCUGCACAGAGGGGACAGAUGUCAACUCCCUUUUAUGGCUGAAGACCUGCAGCUUAGUGAGGACAAAGGGCAGCUGAGGGCCCAAGCAGUACCCUCCUAGAGCUAGAAGUCACCUUUACAUACAUUAUCACUAAUCCACCCAGGAACCCCAAGGUUGGCAUUACUUUUCCCUAUUACAGGGAGUGAACCUCAAGUUCAGAAGCGUUAAGCAACCUGCUCAGGGUCACAAAUCUAACAAGUAGUAGAGUCAAGAGUUGAACCAGGUCUGUUUUUACACCAAAGCCCCAAACUAACUGUUGUUAGGAAUUUUGUAACCAGUCAGGUUUUCUUCCUUGCUCUGGCUAAUGGGAAGCUCAAAGUCAAAUUUGAGAUUAUUUUUAACAAUUGUACUGGGUCUCCUACUGGACUCUGGCUUCAUUCUGGCUUUCUGCUUUUACCUUUACCCUGAUCUCUUUAUUUUUAUUAUAUUGUAUUUUAUCUAUUUUUGUAAAUUGCCACAAUACCUUUUUUUGCAACAAGGUGGAAUAUACCUAAAUAAAUACGUGAUCAAAAGCUUGAUUUAAAAGUC